UUACAGCAGCUGGCGCGGGCGGGGGCGGUGGCAGCGCGCGAGACGGAGGUGAAGGCGGUGGUGAGGCGGCGAGCAGCGGUGGGGUUUCCUGGGAUCAGCCAGUACAGCGAGGUCAACAGCGGCACUGCGCCCACUUACAACCACUCCAUUGUGCGUGUGACGCCACCGGAUGGCGGCUUGUGUGUGGGCAAUGGGUUCAUACUGCAAACCGUCAACGUUGCGCUCGCGGUGUACAACACACGAGGGCGGCAGCUCACUCGCACCAUUCCGCACAACGAGUUCUUCAACGUGUUGCCGAGUGUGGUGCAGCGCCGGGAGCCGUACAGCGCAUCAGUGCGGGGGGACAACAUCGGGGACAUGUCGUGCACCUACGACCCUGCCUCCAGGCGAUUCUUCCUCUCUGCCUACUGGCUCUCCGGAGGGUCAAGCAACGGGUAUGACAGGUUUGGGCAGACGAGGCAGCGGGGGAAGCGCACGGUGGGGUCGGGGGUGAUAGUGGCGGCGUCCACAGAGGGCGACCCCACCCAGCCCUGGAACGUCUUCUUCAUCCCCGGCUCCAAUGACGGCAACAAUUCCAACCCCGACUGGGGUGCGCCUCUCUACUACAACACAUCCAAGCUCACAUCUCUCCAGGACUACCCGCAGAUCGGCACGGACGCCCAUGGUGUGUUUGUGUCGGUGAACCAGUUCGGCUUGGAGGAGUCCAAGUACUUUGGGGCUAACAUCUAUGCCAUGGGCAAGGAGCAGCUAUCGCGCACAUGCAACGCCUCCAUCCUACGCUUCGCCAUCCCCUACUCGCCAGCGCUCACCAGUCCCUCCUACACCGUGUACCCUCACAAGGUCCCCGCCGAUGGCUCCUAUGACCGCGCCAACAACGGCACCAUGUACUUCGGCUGGAUGGGCGUCAAUUUCAACGGCGCGCCCAACGAGACCGUUCUCGUUCCCAACGUCACUAUCAUUGGCGCCUUUGCUCUCACCGGGACCCGCGCGCUCGGGUCAAUCGAGGCCGUUGAUCGCGUCGUGCCGCACAUCGCAGCCGUUGAAACGCCGCCGUUUUUCCUGCCGAUGGCGGUGAGGCAGCGGCCGGGGCCCACCCCCACGGCAUGGCGGUUCAACCGCAGGGAGGCAGCCAUAGACGCGUUUGCAGCGGGCAUGCAGGCCGUGCUGGUGCAGCCACAGCGCAGAACCAUGUGGCUGGCGUUCACCUCUGCGUUUGGCCCCGCCCUCGGGUCGUCGUCCGUGGUGCUGGCUAAGAUCAGGCUAAGACUGAGAGCAGAGGCGUCAGGGGAGGUGGCAUCUGGAGAUGCGUCGGGGGAGGUGGCAUCUGGAGAUGCGUCGGGGGAGGUGGCAUCUGGAGACUCGUCAAGGGAGGUGGCAUCUGGAGACUCGUCAGGGGAGGUGGCAUCUGGAGACUCGUCCGGGGAGGUGGCGUCUGGAGACUCGUCCGGGGAGGUGGCAUCUGGAGAGGCGUCAGGGGAGGUGGCAUGCGUAGAGUCAUCCUCAGAGGUGGCCACGAAUGGGACUGUGGGGGAGACGGAAGCAGUGGAGGCAGCAAGUGGCGGGUGGUCGUUGGAGGUGCAGCUGGAGGGGUUCAAGGCGGUGGGCGUGCAGGGCAACAGCCUGCUACGCCCUGCCAUGGCGCUCAACAGGCGCGGCAGGGGCAUACUAGCGGCCGCUCUGGCGGGCCCGUCCUUCUACCCCUCGGCUGCGUAUGCCCUUGUGGAUGCGGCCCUGCGUGUUGGGCCCGUCACAGUUGCAGCACCCGGGGGAGCUCCCCUUGAUGACUACUCUGGGUACCUGUUUGAGGAGAGGGUCAUGCGGUACGGCGACUACCACACGGCCACCACUGACGAGCACGGCAAUGCGUGGGCCGUGGUGGAGUAUGUGCCUGGUGUGCCGCGCACCGAGUGGACCAACUGGGCCACCUACAUCUUCAACGUCCAACUCUAG